AUGCGGCCGCUCGAGUCGCGACUCUCGACCAACGUCUUCCUGCACGUGCCGUUACAGCAGUCGUCUUCGUCGUCGGUGAGAGAAGCGAAGCGGACGCUACAGGUUGUCUUCUUCAUCCCGGGUAAUCCAGGGCUGAUUGGGUAUUAUCAUCCGUUUCUGGCACUUGUCGUGCGGGGGGUAUUACGAGGGGAGGAGAAUGUGGGUGGUCGUGGGCGUGGACAUGGACGUGAGAAGGAGCGUGGAUUUGGGGAUGCGGGUAGGAAGGAGGACGAGAACGGCGAUGGAGGUGAGGGAUGGGCGCAGCAGACGGUGGUGGUGGCGGGUUUCAGUCUAGGUGGGUUUGAUGUGGGCGACGAGUCUUCUCCAAAGAGUAAGGAGCGAGAGGAGGAACGAGCAGAGGAAGAGGAGGAUCUGCUCUAUCCGCCCUCAUUCCUGUCUCAAUCUCGUCAUAAGCAACGACAAAAACAACAGGAGAACCAUGGGAAUCUGGGGGACAGGAAAGGAAAGGGCACAGCAGCAGAGGGACAACAGCACCACAGAAUGAUCUACACGCUCCGCGAACAGAUCGAGCUCAGUUACGCGCGAGUGCAAUACCUGGUCGAAAGACUGCAAGAGGGGCAGAAAGCAAACAUCUCGGAGCAAGAGCAAGAGCCCCUCCAAGUUGAGGUCGUCCUCAUGGGCCACAGUGUCGGGGCGUAUAUUGCUCUAGAGAUCGUGAGGCUGUGGCAUGAAAGGCAUCCGCAGCCAAUGCUCGAUCCUUCGGACACCACCACGGCGGAUUCCCAUGACAGGGACGACGACACGUCGAGGAUAUCGAGCUUGGGCCCGUCCGAGACCAGAGAUGGGAGAAGCCCGAGCUGGUCGAUAUCAACAUGCAUCCUCCUAACUCCAACAAUCCAAGACAUCCACCUCUCCCCUUCCGGUCGCCUGGCCACUCCCCUGCUCAGCUACCUCCCAUUCCUCCCCGGGCUAGCACACAUGCUUCUCCACGCAAUACUCCUAAGACUCACGCCCCCAGCGUGGUUCUGCCUGCUUGUAUCGCGCGUCACGGGGAUGCAGGUGGGAAGCCAUGGCUACGAGACCACGAUGGCGUUCCUCAGGAGUGGGAGAGGCGUCAAACAAGCCCUGUUCAUGGCGCAGGGUGAGAUGAGGGAAAUCAGAAGAGAUGUCUGGGGGCGGGAGGUCUGGGGAGCGAGCCAUCACAACGACGUGAUGACCGCAGAGGAGGAUGACCGCUCCAAAAGCACAACAAGUAGUCCAAGGCUGUUUUUCUGGUUUGCAAAGAAAGACCACUGGAUCGCCAAUAUCACAAAGGAAGCGAUUGUCAAAAGCAGAGCUGCCGAUGUUGGUGUGCAGAGGGACAGCUUUACCGGAUCUCCGACGAAUCUGGCGGUCGUGGAGACUGAAGAGGUGGUUUUCAUGCCAGACCAGAUGGGCCAGACGACGGCACGAGCAGCAAGAAUCCACAUACUGGAAACGGAAGCUAUGGUUCAUGCAUGGUGUUUGGACCAGAGCGAGUUUGUCGCAAGACGAGUGAGCAGCUGGCUGAGGGAAGUUUUGCAUGCAGACAAUAGCAUGCUCCGGGAUGGGCGCUCAUUGAACCGGUAG